AUGCUUCAUAUCCUCUCUCUCAAAAAAAAACAACAAGCAGAAGCAGCAGAAGCAGCAGCAGCAGCAGCAGCUGGUGCUGGUCAGACCGUUUCAGACCCAAACUCUCCAGCUCCAACCCCAGGCUCUGCUACUCCAGCAGGAACAUCAUCCUCUGUUAACGGUACAGGCAUUGGGUCAUUGACCUCAUUAAACCCAUCGACCUCAUCUCUUCAAUCACACCGUAGUGAUCUGAGUUCUAUAUCUUCUAGUAGAGCUGGUGGAUCCAAUUAUGCUCUUUUAAGACUACAAAAGGAUAUUAGUGAACUAGACCUACCGUCUACCAUGCGCAUAUAUUUCCCCGAGGGAGAGCGCGACCUUAUGCACUUUGAUGUGUACAUUUCUCCCGAUGAAGGCUUAUACAAAGGUGGCACAUUUAAGUUUUCCUUUGCAGUUACGCCAAAUUUCCCCCAUGAGCCUCCCAAAGUUCUUUGUACCCAACGCAUUUAUCACCCAAACAUUGAUCUUCAAGGCCACGUCUGUCUCAAUAUUUUACGUCAGGAUUGGAAACCUGUUCUUAGUAUAGAUUCAAUUUUGGUUGGUCUUCAGUUUUUGUUUCUCGAACCAAAUCCUACCGAUCCUCUCAAUAAGGAAGCAGCUACUCAGUUUGUUAAGAACAGAGAUGUUUUCAAGUCUAUUGUUCGUAAUACAAUGUGUGGAGGUUCUCAUGAUGGUUACAGCUUUGAUACUGUUUUGACUGACAGAGUUGGUCUGCCGUCGUCUUCAAAUGUUUCUGCGGUUGGAUCUUACAAAUGA